AUGGAGUCAUCAAAAGAGAGAACCCAUUACGUUCAAGAAUCAUCAGAUGAUCAUUCACCGAUAGAAGAAGUUAGACUAGUAGUACCAGAAACAGAUGACCCAUCAAUACCCGUAAUGACGUUUAGGGUAUGGUUUUUAGGUACACUUUCGUGUACCAUACUCAUAUUUUUAAACACAUUCUUCACUUAUCGUGCUCAACCAUUAACAAUAUCAGCCAUCUUGAUGCAAAUAAUAGUAUUGCCCAUUGGUAAAUUUAUGGCAUCGGUACUUCCAAAAAGGAAUAUAAUAAUUCUCGGCAAAAGUUUUAGUUUAAAUCCUGGACCUUUUAAUAUGAAAGAGCAUGUUAUUAUCACAAUCUUUGCAAACUGUGGUGUUUCUAGUGGAGGUGGUGAUGCUUAUUCUAUUGGUGCUAUUACUGUCAUGAAAGCUUAUUAUAAACAAAGCUUGAACUUCCUUUGCGCUCUUCUUAUUGUCUUGACUACUCAGAUAUUGGGGUAUGGAUGGGCAGGGAUGUUGAAGAGGUUUUUGGUUGAUCCAGCUGAAAUGUGGUGGCCAUCAAACCUUGCUCAAGUUUCUUUGUUCAGAGCUCUCCAUGAGAAGGAAACCAAUUCCAGGGGCCUAACAAGAAUGAAAUUCUUCCUCAUUUUCAUGGGGGCAAGUUUCGCUUACUACGCUUUCCCUGGUUAUCUUUUCACAAUGUUGACAUUCUUUUCUUGGGUAUGCUGGAUAUGGCCCCAUAGCAUUACUGCUCAUCAGGUUUUUUCUGGUAAAAAUGGACUUGGUAUAGGUGCUUUCACUCUUGAUUGGGCAGGAAUUUCAGCUUACCAUGGUAGUCCACUUGUUACACCAUGGGUUUCAAUACUCAACAUUGCAGUUGGAUUCAUCAUGUUCGUUUACAUAAUCAUUCCUCUCUGUUAUUGGAAAUAUAAUACUUUUGAUUACAGAAGGUUUCCAAUGUUUUCGAAUAAACUUUUCACUCAUACUGGUCAAAUCUACGAUACCAGCAAGAUCCUGACACCACAAUAUGAUCUUAAUAUUGCGGCUUAUGAAAAUUAUGGCAAGUUAUAUCUCGGCCCAUUAUUUGCUCUUUCUAUUGCGUCCGGAUUCGCAAGAUUUUCAGCUACUAUCGUUCAUGUUGCUCUCUUUCAUGGAAGUGACAUUUGGAAACAGACUAAAUCAGCAUGGAACAAGGUGAAUGUGAAAUUAGACAUACAUGCAAAACUAAUGAAGGCUUACGAAGAAGUUCCUCAGUGGUGGUAUCUCAUUCUCUUGGGAGGAAGCAUUGGUUUGUCUUUCUUAAUGUCGUUCAUUUGGCCAAAAGAUAUUCAGCUUCCUUGGUGGGGGAUGCUUUUCGCAUUUGUAUUGGCUUUUGUCGUUACCUUACCCAUUGGAGUCAUCCAAGCAACUACUAACCAACAACCUGGAUACGACAUAAUAGCCCAAUUUAUGUUUGGUUAUAUCCUACCAGGAAAACCCAUUGCUAGUCUUCUUUUCAAAAUAUAUGGCCGUAUCAGUACUGUUCAUGCACUCUCGUUUUUGUCGGAUCUGAAACUUGGUCACUACAUGAAAAUCCCACCUAAGUGUAUGUACACCGCGCAGCUUGCUGGAACAAUUAUAGCUGGUGUAGUCAACCUUGGUGUUUGUUGGUGGAUGCUUGAUAAUAUCGAAAACAUAUGUGUAGAUGAUGCUCAACAUCCCGAUAAUCCAUGGACUUGUCCAAAAUACAAAGUCACCUUCAAUGCUUCUGUUAUAUGGGGUCUGAUCGGACCAAACAGAUUAUUCGGAGCUGGUGGAAUGUAUCAAAACUUGGUGUGGUUGUACCUCGUUGGAGCUAUUUUGCCAGUACCAAUUUGGGUGAUGAGCAAAAUCUUCCCCGAGAAGAAAUGGAUUCCAUUGAUCAAUAUACCGCUGAUAUCGUAUGGAUUCGCUGGCAUGCCUCCAGCAACUCCUACAAAUAUUGCUUGUUGGCUAAUCACAGGGAUGAUAUUCAACUACUUUGUGUUCAAGUACAGGAAAGGGUGGUGGAAGAAAUACAAUUACGUUUUGUCGGCAGCAUUGGAUACUGGAACAGCCUUCAUGGGUGUGCUACUGUUCUUCGCACUACAAAAUGAGAAAGUGAAUUUAAAGUGGUGGGGGACCGAGCUUGAUCACUGUCCCUUAGCUACUUGCCCAACCGAACCUGGUAUUGUGGUUAAAGGGUGCCCAGUUUUUUAG